AUGCCUUUAUCUAUUGCUAGAAAACUUGGAUUUCAAGAGAUACAACCCACUACAGUUACCUUGCAAUUAGCAGACAGAACAAUUAGGCACCCAGUUGGGAUUAUAGAGGAUGUUUUGCUUAAAGUUGGGCAUUUAUACAUUCUAGUGGACUUCAUUGUGCUCGAGGUUGAAGAUGAUGUUGAAAUUCCUUUUAUUUUGGGAAAACCAUUCUUAGCUACAGUUGGAGCAAUUAUUGAUGUGAAAAAGGGCAAAAUAACAUUCAGAGUUGGAGAGGAGGAAGUGGUAUUUAAUUUGUUCAAUGCAACUCAGUAUCCCUAUACAGAUAGUUGCUAUAAACUGGAUUCAGUCAAUGAGGGUAAAGGUAAGCCUAUUUCACCACCUUCAACAACGCAGGUGCUAACUCUUAAGACAAAACCACCACCACUUUCUAGCUAUUUUGAUUUUAUGGUUGGAUAG